AUGGGCAAGCGUAAGAAGUCGAGUCGAGGCCCUCAGGGUCCAAAGAAGAGAGAACCGCUUGCGACGACCUUUGCCUGCCUCUUCUGUAACCACGAGAACUCGAUCACGGUAAAGCUAGACAAGAAACUCGGUCUCGGCAACCUGUCGUGCAAAGUCUGCGGCCAGAGGUUCCAGACUGGUAUAAACUAUCUCUCCGCCGCUGUCGAUGUAUACUCCGACUGGGUUGAUGCUUGCGAUGCAGUCGCCAAGUCAAAAGCAAAUACGUACGACGCCUCCGACUCACAAGCCGUAUACUCGCGCGGUUCCCCCGCAGAGGCAGAUCUAGAGGCUCCCGAUCUUUGA